UAAUUCAUUCCCUCAUUUUUCCCGGAAACCUUAGCGUGCGCUGCGGGGUGCAGUACGCCCCCUCACCGCCAAACAAAAUCUUUCUUUUGUUUUUUCUUUUCUGUACUUCCGGUGAAGGGAGUAUAGUAUACGACGGCGGCGAUGCUGGUUCCGGUGUUCUUGGCGCUGUUUCUACCGUGCGCCGGGAUGAGCGUGGUCUUCGUCGUGUACAUCUGCCUCUUGUGGUACUCUGCCGGCCGCACCAGCGGCGAGCCGGAGUUUCAUCCGGGGGCGAAACCGCGGAACAAUAAAGGACUGUCGGAGUCGGAGCUGGAAAAGCUGCCGAAAACUACCGGCAGCGCGGUGGUGAUGGGGACAGAGUGCGCCGUCUGCCUCGACGAUAUCGAGAGUGACCAGCCGGUGCGGCUCAUUCCCGGCUGCAACCACGGGUUUCAUAUAAAGUGCGCCGAUACGUGGCUCUCUAAGCACCCGGUGUGUCCUCUCUGCAGGACUAAGCUCGACCCUCAGAUCCUCAAUGUUCCUCCCGAUGGCGAUCAAAACCCCUGCUAAGUAAAAAAAAAAAAAUGCACUGAAAGGAGCGCGCAAAUCAACGAGAGCUUCUUCAACCGCUCUUAAGUUUGUUAAUUAGUUUUCUAUUUUUUUUCUCCCUUGGGAAUUAGGUUUUCAAGCACUUUGUUUAGAUUAUGCUUAUAUAUAUACAUAUAUAUAUAUAUAUAUAUAUUACAUUGAUUUUAAAAAAGAAAGAGCAGUGUAGAGAUUAAAUAGUUAAGUAGUUCAUGCUUUAUCAUAUAUUAAUUUUGAGAAGAAAUUAAAAAUCGAUGGAGUUCUUUAUUCUGCGAAUCUUCUUGAAUAAUGUUGAUCUGUUUUCCCGAUCUCGAUCUGUUUUGAUGUCUAAAACUUCCUUUUUCUCUGGAGCAUCGAUCGAAAAGAUUGGUGCUUCGCGCGGAAGCUGCUUCCAUGCAUGGAAGAUCAAUCGAUUGAUGACGAAUAUGAAGCUAAAAAGGCCGGCGAAUUCCGAAGCGAUCUCAUGUAUAUGCGCAGGUAUCAUGUGUGAAACGGAUCGAUAUUUACACAAAAAUGCAUCACAGCUAGCUGCAAUCCCACAAUCACAUCGCGAUAGCGUACAAUCUCGGGCUUCUCCAUCGAGCAUGAAGUAAAGAUCGCCUACGUCCGUGGGCCGUGGCAGAUUCAUCCGUCCCGGCCGGCCCUUCUUUUGACAUUUUGACGUUUCUGAUCACGGAAAGCAGGGGACCGUCCGAUUCACGAUGCGAGCAAGAGCCCUACCGCCCUUGAUGUGCCACGUAGCUGGAGAUAUUUCUUCCCCUGCUGACCUGGGGCAGGAUAGGGACAUAUUGGGCCAGAGCCCCAAAACUGCACCCCCGGGGUGUUCUAUUGGAGGAUGCCACGUGGAGCCUUGGUGCGUGGCGUGGAGGCUCCCGUGACAGCCUAGCCAUGCAUCAUGAUUCAUGCAUGAGAGAGCGGGAGUGUUCACUUAGUGCCGAUGACGUGGCUUUUUCAAAAAUUAAAAAAAACAGACUGGAGGCAGAGCAUGGGCCACCCACCGGUAGGGUAGGUCCGGCCCCUGCAGAGAUGGUAGAAAGCGACAGCUGCCCUAAGCUGGCCUAGGACUCGUGCCUUUCAUGCAACUACCAUGGGCCCACGAUCAUAACUGGUACACGUGGCACAUAUGCUAGAGGCACAUUCUGCUGUGAUCUCAUAAAAAUUUAGUGACUAGAGGGUUAUAUAUUUUAAGAGAUUGAUGGCCUUUUUAUAGUUUUAUCUCUCAAUCAAAUGUGUGUAUUGGCUCAUUGAAAUAUUUUGAGACUCAUAUUAAGUAAAAAAUGUGUAUAGAAAAAACAGGCUAAUGCCAAAAAUGGAUUAAAGUUCUA